AUGCGUGGAAUUCAAAUCAAAGAAUAUGUCAAAGGACCUCAAGAUCUUAAAGUCACGGAUCUACCAGAUCCAGUGCCAAAUCCCGAUCAAUACUUGAUUGAAAUUCAUGCUACCGCUACCAAUUUCUACGACCUGCUCCAAAUUCGCGGGAAAUAUCAACACCAACCUCCUCUGCCUUGGAUUUCCGGCUCAGAAUUCAGCGGCACCAUUCUCUCCACACCCUCCUCUUCCUCAUCCCCCAAAUACAAAAUUGGCGACCGCGUCUUCGGUGCCUCGCAAGGUGGCUACGCAACUCUUGUCUGCGCCCAAGAAGCUUCUCUCUACCCUGUCCCAGACUCCUGGUCUUUCUUCGAAGCAGCCGGUCUCUUCGUCACCGCUCCCACAUCCUACGGUGCUCUCGUCACACGCGCGAAUAUAAAAUCUGGAGACUAUGUUCUUAUUCACGCUGCUGCCGGUGGAGUCGGUCUUGCAGCCGUGCAGAUCGCAAAGGCAUUCGGCGCAACUGUUAUAGCUACUGCUGGCACGAAGCGAAAGUUGGAGGUAGCGCGAGAAUUUGGCGCCGAUCACGUUAUUGAUUACUGCGAUGCUUCUUGGCCCGAUCAAGUCAAGAAAUUAACACCAAAUAACAGAGGUGUAGAUAUCGUGUUCGAUCCAGUGGGUCUAAUCGACAAAUCGACAAAAUGCAUACGCUGGAAUGGACGACUCCUUGUUAUUGGAUUCGCAGCCGGCAAUAUCGAGAAAGUGGCGAUGAAUAAGGUUUUGUUAAAAAAUAUAAGUAUAGUGGGAUUACACUGGGGAGCAUAUGUGCAGAACGAACCAGAAAAGAUCCAAGAGGUAUGGGAGGGAAUUUUCAAAUUGAUCAAAGAGGGAAAAUUCAGGGGAACGGUCUUUAGGGAUAAGGAGUUUGUGGGGUUGGAAGAUGUUCCAGGAGCAUUGGAGAGUUUAGGGGGGAGGGGGACAUGGGGAAAGGUUGUUGUGAAGGUUGAGAAGAAUGGAAAAGAGGGGAGGAGCAAGAUUUAG